UUUUUAAAAUGUAUAACUUGUGGACACCGUAAUUUACGUAGUUCUCGUUGAUUCCCUUUAAAGUCCCAAACAUUUUUCAGUCUCAGAUUCUCCGGAGGUAACUUACAAUUUGGACACUUGUAACUCGGAUCGGUCGGACAUUGUUUCAGCCAGUAAAGGACUUGGUCAGUGAUAAAGGUAGUGCAUCUUCUCAGCUUUUACCAAAGAUAACUUGGCAUGGGAGUUGUGACAGUUUCAAGCUCAGCCGCCCAAACUCCUUUAGGAUUAAGCCCGAAAUUCCCAACUUAUCAAUCUAUAUCGAAGAAACCCUUGAUUGUGGCAUUUAAAGCAGAUAAAUUCAAUGAAACUGCCUUGGUUGCACCCCAUGAGCAAAUCCCUUUGCCUAUAGAAGCACGUAAGGAACACCAGAAGAGACUAGGAAAAGUUAACAAACCUUCAAAGAGAGUAAACGCUGCCAUUACAGAUGAAGCUUCUACUUGUACCCUGGAAGUGGAUUACAAUGAGGCUGCGGCGAAACUUGAAAACAUAUAUAAACUUAGCCCCAUGACAGAUGCUUCUGAUGUGGAAGAUGUAGGUGGCUUGAAAACUAGAGGCCGGAGGAGGAAGAAGAAAAUCAGUGCAGAUGACGAGGAAGAAAAGAGAACUAGUGGAAGUUUUGUUAGGAGCCGCAGAAAGAAGGCGAAAAGAUUGAAUCUUGAUAAAAGGGUUGAAUUGAAAAAGAACAAGGUGGAUGAAGUAAAUGCAUGUGUUAGAAAGAGAAAAGAAAGCAUUAGUGAAAAUGAUAAGAUUGAGAAUCUUGUGAGGGAAUAUUCUGCUUCAACUGAUUUGGUCAGCUUGGACUGGAAGAAAAUGAAGAUACCUCCAGUUCUUCCUUCUACAGAGCACGCAUGGUUGUUCAAGUUGAUGCAACCUUUGAAGGCACUACUACAAGUAAAUGAAAAUUUAAAACAAUCUUUGGGGAGAAAACCGACCGAGGGUGAAUUGGCUGAGGCAACAAAUAUGAGCAUUGCACAAGUAAAAAGACACUUGGAGGUUGGUCGAGCUGCGAGAAACAAGCUCAUUAAGCACAACCUUCGACUUGUAUUAUUCGUAAUCAACAAAUAUUUUCAAGACUUUGCAAAUGGUCCAAGAUUUCAAGACCUUUGUCAGGCGGGAGUGAAGGGACUUAUUACAGCAAUUGAUCGAUUUGAACCAAAGAGGAGAUUCCGACUUUCCACAUAUGGUCUUUUCUGGAUUAGGCAUGCCAUUAUUCGUUCCAUGACACUCUCAAGCUUUCAACGUGUUUCGUUUGGCCUUGAAUCUGUUAGAGCAGAAAUCCAAAAGGCCAAGCUUGAGUUGAUGUUUGAGCUAAAAAGGUUACCUACAGAGGAAGAAAUAAUUGAAAAGGUUGGAAUCUCCCCUGAGAGGUACAAUGAAGUAAUGAGAGCAUCAAAAGCCGUUUUCUCUCUUCAUUCAAGGCAUGCAGUUACACAAGAAGAAUUUAUUGACGGUAUCACUGAUGUUGAGGGUGUCGAAGGUGAUAACAGGCGCCAACCUGCUCUUCUCAGGCUUGCUCUUGAUGAUGUGCUCGAUUCUUUGAAGCCCAAGGAGAGCUUGGUGAUCAGACAGAGAUAUGGACUUGAUGGUAGAGGCGAUAGAACAUUGGGGGAGAUUGCUGGAAACCUAAAUAUUUCCAGAGAAAUGGUUAGGAAACAUGAAGUUAAAGCUCUUAUGAAGCUCAAGCAUCCAGCUCGAGUGGAUUAUCUCCGCCGCUAUAUUGUCUAAAACUGCUACUCCACUUUCCAGAGAUAUGGUUUCGGAAACAUGAAGUUACAGCUCUUAUGAAGCUCGAGUGGAUUAUCUCCUCUGUUAUUUAUGGUUUGAAACUACCACUCAACAGCCUAUAUGCUUUUCCCACUAUAACUUUCCAACUGGAUCAUACUGAUCCAUCUUAUUUCUGUAUACUACUGUACAAUAGUCUUUUUAACUAUGUAACCAUAAUGUCAAAACAAAAUGAAAAAAGAAAACACAAAUUAGUGAAUAUAGAAAUCUUAUACCGUGUAAUCAUGUGUGAAUUUCAAGGCUUGAGAUUGCCAAAACCCAUACAUGUAAUAUACUUCCUGUCUUAUAUUAUAUGCAAAAA